UGGCCGGUGGCGGGGCAGCAGUGAGCAGGGUGGCGCUGAGGCGGUCACAGAUAAGGCCUGAGAAGAAGAGGUUAGCUAGUUUCUGCAGCUCGCGGUUCGCUUUGGAUCAAGAUGCCGGCUGUCUGGUGUCGUCCAGGCGGGUUCUGACUGACCGAUGCCUUCAUCAUGAUGCUGAGUUGCAGCGCCCUGGUCGUCGCCCUCCUGGUGUCGCAGACCAGGAGCUUCCUGACCUCGGAGGACGACGGUGUCCCUGAAGAGUGGGUUCUCCUCCACGUGGUUCAGGGCCACAUUGGGGCAGGAAACUACAGCUACCUACGCCUCAACCACGAUGGCAGAAUCAUCCUUCACAUGCAGAGCCUCAAGGGGGACGCAGACCUCUACGUGUCGGAUAAAACCCUGCAGCCGAGCUUCGACACCUACAAGCUGCAGUCAGCCACCUGCGGCCAGGACGUGGUGGUGGUGCCCGGGGACUUUGUGAGGCCUGUGGGCAUCGGCAUUUACGGCCACUCGUCUCACCAGGAGAGCGAGUUUGAAAUGCGGGUGUUCUACGAUCAGACGGUGCCCCAGAAUCCAUUUGACGCAGGCUUGUACACGUCAGAGGACGGACACGAGCAAAAGCAAUCCCCUCAGGCUGCAGAUGAGAAAGAGGCCUCGAUCGUUUGGACAAUUCUGAUUGGACUUUUGAAGAUUAUACUUGAGAUUUUGUUUUGAAAACGGGGAGAUUCCUUGCUGCUGUGACAGGGGGAAGAGACUCGGUUCUUGGUUCACUCGGCCUUGAUAAAUUAAAGAUUUAUUUUUCCUUUCAUUCUGUAAGGAUGAGAAAAUGUCCCACAAAACCUCAGUUAGAAUUCAGGCAUUUUAACCUUUGCUUGUAGGCAAAAAAAACCACACUUGAUCAAAAGAGAGGGAAAUGAGAAUGUCAGUCAGUGGAGCUCAAACAUCCACCAAGACCCAACUGUCUCUAAAAUCCAAUCAAGCUGCACCAAAUCACACUCUCACAGAUAUCAGUCCUGUAAUUGUGCCUGAUUCAUGAAUUAUUCUUCGGGGAAAGUAUGAAAAUGUUAAACGUCUUCUCUCACAUUGUUUAAGAAGCGAGGAAAAAAAAGUCCUGGAUCCACACACGUCCCUUCACUGACAGCCCGGGGUGGAAACAUAACCUCCUACCUGGAGAUGGUCAGUUUUUCAAUUAGAAGCUGGAUCACUUGGUUGAAUUCACCAGUGAAGCUCGACCAAUCAGAAAACGUCUGUAUGUUUGAUGUUCAGUGAUUGAACGUGAGCAGAGUGUUCUCACUCAACUCGAGAGUGAAGUGAGUUAAGUUCAUAUUUAACUUUAAGUUCGCUGCAGUUUUUUGUGAUUGAACUGCAGUUCAACCAAAAGGACAAGGGGGGUGUAUGACUGAAGUCUUGGGGGAUGGUUUGCGUUGUUUGGGUUUUUUUAAGUUCAUAAAACGCUCAUAUGUUCGUAUGUAAAGUGAAAAACUUCUCGGUUGCUGCGAUCUUUCCUCCUGUGGUUUCUGUCCAUGAGGAGGUCGCUUCCUGACAUGAUCCCAGCGCUAAAGACGAGCGACAAAUCACUUCUGUGUGUUUUUUUUGGUGCAAACUGUUCUCAGAUUUUCAUGUUUCCUUGCUGAGCGGUCGGAGGAGUAAACUACAUCCUGACGCCUCAUUUGAAUCCCUCAGACUCUCUUACAGCAUGUCCCCAAGCAGGGAGACGACUGCAGCCACGUUCACACCUGGUAUCAAUAUCUGUCCUGAGUGAUCCGGUCACAAGUGUCUAAGUUCAGGUGUGAACGCGUCUUGAGAUCACUCGCUGUGCAUUUACUCUUCAGAACGACCCAUUUCCUGAGUUGUGAAGUUGUUGGUGUGUUCAUGAGGUUUGAAGCCCAAAUGUGGAGAAAGAAAAAGAUGGACACUAAAUAACGUGUUGCAUUUGUGUUCUGAGCUGUUACACAACACGUUGACUCCUCUGAACACUAUUUAUCUACCAGAGCAAAGGAAAAAGGAUCAGAUGCGACACGCAGAAAUGAGAAGUUCAACAUAAUGUUCAUUGGUUUGUAAGCGAUGAUAUCAACAAGUUGUGUAUCAAGCUUUAUAUGUUGUUGUUCUGAGACGAGAUGGCGUUCGGGGGAAUUUUCCCAGUCAGGAACAAAUUCUUUCCGAUUCCGACACCACAUGAAGGCACAGUCUGAGGUGUUCUGUGCUGCAUGUGCUCCCUUUCAUUUGAUUGUGUGAACAGACACACACCAAAGGACUCAGCUACAGUUACACACACUGGAAGAAUAGAAUUAUCUCAGGAAUAAAGCGAUGAAGGAUGCAUUUUACUAUCAGGCGUGAACAGAUGAACUUACAGCUGUCCACUUGUGAGCAGAUCUCUCAGGAGGACAGAUGUGAGACCAGGUGUGAUCAGAGCCUCUGAGUGUUGAACAGAAACCUGUCCGUCAGCUCCUCGUUCAUCUUUAAAACUAAUUUAGCAUCAGGCAGAGAUGACAGCUGUGUGUGUCUCUCACCUGUGAAUGAAAACCACUUGUCUUAACUCUGCAUAUCACACAGGAAACUGAGCAAUACCCUCAUUGUCAGCCCUUUAUCCUGGAGGUUCCUUCAGGAUACCCGUGCUGCUCUGUUCUCAUGUACUUGCUGAAUUUCGACUCCAGACAGGAACCUCUGGUCAACAGCGACGUUUCAUUUGGUUUGAUGGUUCACUUUGUUUCACCUGUUGGACGAGCUCCUGAUCUGAACACCCCCUCCUCCAGCUUUAGAGGAGUUCAGCUAUCGUUCACCACUGAGCAGAAAUGUUCAACAGUGCCUUCAGACCCUUCCUGUGCCGGGAGGAGCAGCCAAACAGUUUCCCUGUUUCCAGAGACGAUUCUGUCUGGUUUACAAAAUAAAACUCUUGUCAUACAGACUGUUAAAACC